ACGAAACAAGACAUCUUUUGGCACAUCUAGUUAUUCGCCGGUUCCUCGCGGAAUUUAUCGCAUCAAUUCUCACCCACACCACACCCUUUGAUUCCCCGAUCCACGCUGCACCUUCUUCCAUUCAAUUCCUUCUUUUAUUUUCCUCUCCCUUUUUCUCCCUCAAUUCAACUCUAUUCUAUUCUUUUCCCAGAUAAUUGAUAUGAUUGUUGUUGCUGGAGUUUCCUGAAUUGAUCUCUUAUGCAAUUGAAGUUAAUUUGCCUAUUCAGGUCAAUAUUUGGUCAAUAGUAGUCAGAAUUUUGUUUUUCGCGGAUGGGUUCAUUCCACUUCGAAGCUUUUCUCUAGAUUAAAGGAAAAACUAUACUGUCAUAAGGUUGUGGAAUUCUUUUAAUGGGUGCUCCUAAGCAAAAAUGGACUGCAGAAGAAGAGGCAGCUCUGAAAGCCGGAGUAGUCAAAUACGGGGCUGGAAAAUGGCGAACCAUUCUUACCGACCCGGAUUUCAGCACCAUUUUGCGAAUGCGUUCAAAUGUAGAUCUCAAGGAUAAAUGGAGGAACAUAAAUGUGACAGCAAUAUGGGGGUCCAGGCAGAAAGCAAAACUUGCACUUAAAAAGAACCUACCUCCUCCUAAAUCUGAAAAUAACCACGUAACCUCGAAUGCCAUAGUUCCGUAUAAUCAAGAAGUUGCUGCUGCUAAGCCUCUAACAGUUUCUGGUGGAACAUCUACUUCCAAAGAACAAAUACCAAGAUUGGACAACCUUAUAUUAGAGGCUAUUGUCAAGUUGAAGGAGCCAAAGGGUUCUGACAUUUCCACCAUUGCUGCUUUUAUAGAGGAUCAAUACCGGUCUCCACCAAACCUCGUAAAGUUACUUUCAUCUAAACUGAAGCAUAUGGUGGCAAGUGGUAAAUUAAUGAAGGUAAAUCAGAAAUACAGGAUUGCAACAAAUUCUUCAAAAAUAUCUGAGAAAAAAAGAUGCUCUUCGUUGAUGCUCCUCGAAGGGAGGCCAAAAGAUUCUCCAAAAGCAGAGAAGGCUGAUGCCAACAUCCUUUCAAAAUCCCAAAUUGAUGUCGAGCUUUUAAAAAUGAAAGGUGUGACAGCUCAAGAGGUGGCAGCAGCAGCUGCAAAAGCAGUUGCAGAGGCAGAAGCUGCCAUUGCUGAGGCUGAGACAGCAGCACGAGAGGCAGAGGCUGCAGAAGCCGAAGCAGAGGCUGCUCGAGUGUUUGCAAAAGCAGCACUGAAGGCACUAAAAUGCAGAAGACUUAAUAUUUGAUGGUGUUUGCUUCUUCGUGGUUGACAUGAGCAAAGCAGCAGCAGCAUAUAUUGGCUAGGGUUUGCAUGUAUUUAAUUACUGUGCAUAAUUUAGGCUUGUAAAUUUGGAAUUUGUUGGACUGAUCCAUGAAGCAUUUUUGUCGGGAAUAGUUUAUUUUUUAUUAAUUUUUGUAAUUUUAUUUUUUAAUGAAAGACACAAUGCGGCUAUGGUACACGAUAAUAGUGUUUGGUUAUGUAGUGAAAAAAAUUUGAUUUUGAAUGAAAUAAUUCUUUAAAAUUGA